UUUCUUUUUCAGAGAAUUUAUAAUUUUUCGGACUAGACGAGUUUUUUUCAAGAUAGACAACGGAAAAUGGAGGAAAAUCUUCCUCCUGGAUUCAGGUUUCACCCCACAGAUGAAGAACUCAUCACUUAUUAUCUUUGUAACAAGGUUUCAGAAUUUAGUUUCACUUCAAGGGCUAUUGCUGAUGUUGAUCUUAACAAGUGUGAACCUUGGGAUCUCCCUGCCAAAGCCUCGAUGGGAGAAAAAGAAUGGUACUUUUUCAGCUUGCGAGACCGUAAGUACCCGACUGGAUUGAGGACCAAUAGAGCUACAGAAGCAGGUUACUGGAAAACAACAGGCAAAGACAAGGAGAUUUAUGGUGGUGGAGUCUUGGUUGGAAUGAAGAAAACCCUAGUUUUCUACAGAGGUAGAGCUCCAAAGGGUGAAAAAACCAAUUGGGUUAUGCAUGAAUAUAGACUUGAAACCAAGCUUGCCUUCAAACCUACAAAGGAGGAAUGGGUGGUAUGUAGAGUCUUCCAAAAGAGUUCAACAAUGAAGAAACCUCAGCAAACACCAGUCUCACCUCAAUCCCAAGAAUCCCCUUGUGAUACAAAUGCAAUCAUCAGUGAGCUUGGGGAUAUCGAAUUACCAAACAUCACCGACAACGUUUCCACCCUGCAAAACUACAAUGGGCCGGGGCUCGAUCAUAACAUGAACUGGAUUAAUGCUGCAGCAAACUCUCUGCAGCCACCACUAACCAGCUGCUGGCCACUUCUAAGCUCCAAUCUUUCGAUGAAUUCUUUGCUUCUUACAGCAUUGCAGCUUAGGGGUCAUCAGCAGCAGCAUGGCGGAAGCACAAGUACUGAUUACUCAUCAUUUAUCCCACAAGGGAUUUCUUCUGAAUUUGGAAAUAUUGAUAUCAUGGCUUCUUCAUCUAGGGUUUCAGAUUCUGUGCAACAGCUGCAAACGCAAGAACAGCAACAAUAUGAUGUGGACUACCAGACCUUGGUGAAGGUUAAUCCAAGUGUCACUGCUAACUACUUGUAAACUUUCAUGACUUGUUUGGUGCGAUGGACUUUGCUCGACAGUAAUAAUAUUCAUUGUAAUGUUGGUUCAUGUCGAGUACUACAUAUCCAACAAACUUGUCAAGAUGUAUCUUCUUUCUGUCAGUUGUAUUUAGAAGGAAUGGGAAGAAUAUAGGGAUUGGUGGGGGCUUCUUACAUAUGUAUUGUAACCCAAGGAGAUAUGGGCGAAGUCCAUUCCCCAAAUAAAAAUCUUGUUUUCUAAUAAUGAUAGUGUGAUUAGCCAUGAUGA